GUUGGUAGUUUCCAGUUAAGUCGUCUUCGUGCCAGGUCGGUCAGUUGUCUCUUUGUGGAAGCCUUUCCAAGUCCAAGAAGUGAGGCAAUCGGCGAGCUGACUGAUAACAAAACGUGUUUCUUGCUAGUUUUAGUGUGACGAGAAUCGCGCUCUCACGUGUCGCGACGCGCGUUUUUUGAUCAUGAGAGAGAUGAUCUCAGAAUCUGUUGAGAGACAUUCAUGGAGGGAGAGAAGCUGUAAUUGUGUUGGAACGACUUUAUGAGAAUUUUACGAGUUAUCAGCGGUAAAGAUAAACGAAACUUUCCUGACCGACUACAGCAGUUGGGUUGUUAACGAGCAAAUCGACGGUAGUGUUCGACAAGUGUGCAACAAAUAACCGCAAGAAGAUCAACAAGUCUUGAAAACCAAGUAGAAGAAGUGAUAAUAAGUGAGCAGACAGUCUACACACAUAUCGCUCCAGAAAUACACACAAUACACGAGUGAAUCAAGCCAUGGUGUGUGAAUGAAAAGAUAAGAAUGAAGGAAGCAAAAAGUUGUGCUGUGAAUAAAGUAACGAUAACGUGAAUGAGAGGCAAAUCUCGCAGCAGCGCGCAGAGAGAGAAAUAAUGUUUUAAUUCGCGCGCGCUCCUCCUCAAAAAUUGGGACGAACGGACUUCAGUAAGUCAGUAAGCCACUUGUGCCACUCGGCUUCGCCGCGAGGAGGUAAUGUGCUCGCCCCAACGAGAAAUCCCAACCUUCAAACGGGUCGUGCGAUGAUGCAUCGGAACGGCCAGCGUCCACCGGGAAUAUCGCAACUCCUACCGGUCCUUCUAGUCCUAACCUGCUGGACGAAAGCAACGUUACAGUUCAACCCGCGCCCAGGCAACGAUGUCGGUGGGGACACCUUCGAGGGCGACAUCCGGAUGGCGUCGUCGAACGCGCUGGACGACAGCUACGUCGUCGGGGUGGUCGAGUUCCGGCCCGAGCUGCUCAACAUGGACAUCCGGGUGCGCACGGAGCGCCACUACGAGGCGUACCGGGCGAUGGUGCUCGGGGAGGAAGCGAGGCUCACCGACAUCAUCGUCUUCCCGGAGCUAACCCUCAACACCCUGUCCGAUCCGGUAUACGUACCCGAUCCCCUCCACAGCCCGGUGCCCUGCCGCGAGGACUCGCCCGAGCUGCUGUCCAAGCUGUCCUGCUUGGCCGCCGAAGCGCGCAAAUACCUUGUGAUAAAUCUGUCCGAGAUCUUCGACUGCGAGUCGGUCCCGGCGGAAGACCCCCGGCCGUGCGGUCCCCACGGCUUCCACCGGUACAACACAAACGUGGUCCUGGACCGCGGAGGAGCUGUGAUAGCGCGAUACCGGAAGUUUAACUUGUUCCGGGAGGCGGGCACGAACGUGACGUAUGAGCCCGAGUUCGUGACGUUCGAGACGGACUUUGGCGUUACGUUCGGGGUGUUUACCUGCUUUGACCUGCUGUUUGCGCGGCCGGCGUUGGAGUUGGUCAAGCGGGACGUGCGGGACUUUGUGUUUCCGGCGUUUUGGACGUCGGAGCCGCCGUUCCUGACGGCGGUGCAGAUCUUCGAGGGUUGGGCGUACGCGAACAACGUGAAUUUGAUUGCGGCGGGGACGAACUACGAUCCGGCGGGGGCGACCGGGACGGGCGUGUUCAACGGUCGCAAUGGGGCGGUGUUUUCGCUGAUGACGGGGGAGGAGACCAAGAAACUCUACGCCGUCCGCGUUCCAAAGAUCCGCGGUAGCUUCACACCAAAGCCGGAACCGCCCUCGGACGGCCUGUACUCGGGUCGAAUGCACGGCAAGUUCCUAGAAAACAUCCGCAUGGGAUCCGACCACCUCGAUCGCUUCACCACGAUGCAGAUCAACCCCGAGCGGUACCACGACAAGAUCGGCCAGAUCAUCUGCAACGGGGAGUUUUGCUGUGACUAUAGCGCCACCGUUACGGUGCUGCCCGAUCGGGAGCUCACCCACCACUACCGGUUCGCCGUGUUCGACGGCGUGCGGACAUUCCAGGGGUACGCCGAUGCGCACGUGUCCAUUUGCGGCGUGAUCACGUGUCGCAACGAAUCGCUCGCGAGCUGCGGACUUCCCAUGAACGAAAACUCCAACUAUCUGGAGUUUAACGAAAUUGUGAUCGCGGGUCGGUUCAUCGCCAACGGAACGUUGGCCAUGCCGAACUCGCUCGACGACAUGCUCCACUCGCUGGACACCGACCGGUAUCGGUUCUAUUCGGUUUGGAACUCAUCCACCAACCAGCAGAACGUCCAGCUGACCCUCGUGGACACGGUCGCGAAUCUGCAGACCUUUGGGAUCUACGCGUUCAAUCACGCCGAUUUCGAGUACGUGAAUCCGAUUGAGCCGCCGCCGGAAACGACCACGGAGGGCUUGACCGGGGACAGCAAAGAGUCGGAUGAGGAUGGUGACGGUGGAGGAGCGUCGACGGUGGGCGCUUCGAGGGUGCUUGUGGCGCUGCUGCUGGUGCUGCUGGUCAGCCCCGAGUUGCGACUAAGUGGGUUCCAGUAGCUUCUGCAGUGAAGAUAUGCUCAGAUUGUAAAUAGUGUAGAAUAAUUAAUUUGCAUGCCAAAUUUGUAGUUUAUUUAAAAAUGGAUUUCAAUAGGAUUUUAAGGUUUGGUCGCUACAAGUACCAGUUGUAAAGAAAGAAGUUACCCUAUCUGUAUAAAUUAUGAGAAGAUAAAUAAAGAUUUCUGUUAAGAUCAUUUAUCUAAUA